GCCACUGGGGUCUUCUCCAUGCGGCUCGGGCUAUGACAGCCUCCGUGCUCCUCCACCCCCGCUGGAUCGAGCCCACCGUCAUGUUCCUCUACGACAACGGCGGCGGCCUGGUGGCCGACGAGCUCAACAAGAACAUGGAAGGGGCGGCGGCGGCGGCGGCAGCGGCGGCGGCGGCGGCGGCGGCGGGAGCUGGGGGCGGGGGCUUCCCCCACCCGGCUGCCGCGGCCGCGGGGGGCAACUUCUCGGUAGCCGCAGCGGCCGCCGCCGCCGCCGCCGCCGCGGCCAACCAGUGCCGCAACCUGAUGGCGCAUCCCGCACCCCUGGCGCCAGGCGCCGCGGCCGCCUACAGCAGCGCGCCGGGGGAGGCGCCCCCGUCCGCCGCCGCCGCCGCCGCUGCCGCCGCCGCCGCCGCCGCCGCUGCAGCCGCCGCGUCGUCGUCGGGAGGGCCCGGGCCAGCGGGGCCCGCGGGUGCCGAGGCCGCUAAGCAGUGCAGUCCCUGCUCGGCGGCGGCGCAAAGCUCGUCGGGGCCCGCGGCGCUGCCCUACGGCUACUUCGGCAGCGGCUACUAUCCGUGCGCCCGCAUGGGCCCGCACCCCAACGCCAUCAAGUCGUGCGCGCAGCCCGCCUCGGCCGCCGCCGCCUUCGCCGACAAGUACAUGGACACCGCGGGCCCCGCGGCCGAGGAGUUCAGCUCCCGCGCCAAGGAGUUUGCCUUCUACCACCAGGGCUACGCAGCCGGGCCUUACCACCACCACCAGCCGGUGCCGGGCUACCUGGAUAUGCCGGUGGUCCCGGGGCUCGGGGGUCCUGGCGAGUCGCGCCACGAGCCCCUGGGGCUUCCCAUGGAAAGCUACCAGCCCUGGGCGCUGCCCAACGGCUGGAACGGCCAAAUGUACUGCCCCAAAGAGCAGACGCAGCCUCCCCACCUCUGGAAGUCCACUCUACCCGACGUCGUCUCCCAUCCUUCAGACGCCAGCUCCUACAGGAGGGGGAGGAAGAAGCGGGUGCCUUACACUAAGGUGCAGUUGAAAGAACUCGAGCGGGAGUACGCUACGAACAAAUUCAUUACCAAGGACAAACGGCGGAGGAUAUCAGCCACAACGAACCUCUCUGAGAGGCAGGUCACAAUCUGGUUCCAGAACAGGAGGGUCAAAGAGAAAAAAGUCAUCAAUAAGCUGAAGACCACUAGUUAAUGGAUUAAAAGCGGAGCAGAGGGCAGCUUGAAGAAACACCUAAGGACUCUUUCUUUGCCCAGAUAAUAAUAAUGCUUAAUAAAAACAACAGAAGAAUUGGAAAGAGAGACACUGACGUUUUGCUCUCCUAAGGGGAAUCUCUUUCUCUUCAAUGGAACCUACAGUUUAAAACAAAAACCGUGGGAAAUGGUAAAGACUGCCAGUUCUCCCGACAACCCUUCCAGACCGUUAAGUGACAAAUUCUAGAGUCAACUCCUCAGCCCCUAAAACACACAAUUUCAGAUAAAUUAUGAAUUUACUCAAAUCUUGUAAGUAUUUAUGUGACCAUUAUAUUUUAGGAUACUGUGUUAGAUGGUAAUAAUCUGAAAACUGGUUACAGAAACAAAAGGCUGUUUCUACAUCCGCUUGUCCAGCAUCAUCCCCUUUGCAAGUUAAGUGCCUGCUCAGGUAAACUUUAUGGAAAUUCCUCCCAUCGUAUGUUCUGGAAAAAAAAUGUUUCAUGUAUAGGUUUAGAGGGAAAGGCACUGAAAUUUUAAUCUUGAACUGUUGCUAAGAAGGGGGAAAGGGGAGAAUGCUCAUCCAAGGAUCGAGUGUCUUAGUAGUAAAUACGGCCAGCUAAACCCUUGAGGCUACAAGGGAACCCUAGGUGGGUAAGGAACUUCUAGAAAUACCUUUCAAUUACUUAGAACAAGCAAGUUGGUGGCAUUUGAACUAACCCAGUAUCAGAGAUUUUUUUCAUAGGAUCUAUUGUAAUUUUGAAAGUGUUUAAAACUCACCAAGUGAUCCGAAAGAUUCACUUUACGCCCCAUGUCCUGGAAGGUUGAAUCCUAAUAUGGAUUUCUCUUGAAAUAUACUCCUUUUUAAAACUUAUUUAAAUUGGCAUUUUUCAAUACUUGUUAAACAUUUUGCUAGAGACAUCAUUUCCCUUUUUUAACUUUUAAAAAAGAAAACUCAAAAUGGAAACCCGUUCUCCCAAAAUAUUUAGAUGUCUACAUUCUAUAUUUUAAUCUACUAAAGGAUUAGUAUUUUUCCUUGUUUAUUGUGUUAUGAGACCGCAUUAGAAAAGUUAGGGAUUCAUCUUCACAGCACAUUUUUAAUCAAGCAGUAAUUUCAAUUCACACAUUCGUUUUGUUCAUAUGCACUAUAAAUGCUAUCUUGUAAAUAAAGACAUUCAGCACACUGUGAAAAUGUAUUUGUGCACCUGCUUUUAAAAUACUUCUACUAAAAAUGAAAAAUUAGAUCUGUAGAUAGUGGUAUUAAUUCUGUUAAUAAAAUAAUCACUGCCAUUAAAAUCUGAAGGAAACACUCGAGUUACUUUUCUAUGCUGCACUUACACUGCACAAAAAGAAAAUGAACCGGUUUGUCUUAUACAAGCCAAGGAUCAUUCUUUUCUAUUAUUAUUCAGCUUUUUUUUUCUAAAAUUUUUGAGAAGAGGAAAAUCUCGCAUAACUAAAAUCCUACAAAUGAAAAGGCUCCAAGGAGAUGCAAGUGUCAGGUAUUCUGAAAGGGGGAGAAGAGAAAGGAGGAGGGAGAGAGAGUGUAAGUUCCCAGGCUCCCUGUGGAAAAUGAAAACCAGUUGCUGAGUAUCAGUAAUGCCUAGACUGUCGUAUUUUAAAAUCUGCUCUUGGGUCUGCAUGUGACUGAAAGGACAGGUUUGGGCAUUUGUUGAAAUGACAGGAGUAGAAAAGGCCUUAAACCUUGACCUUGACGAAAAAAGACAAUUUGUGACCUUGACUUUUGACAGCUCAUGAAUUGGCCUCAGCCAGAUCAGUAGAUCAAGGGCGCCACCUAGUGUCGACAAGCCUCCUUGUAAUUCUUCUACUUCAAGGGAAUCAAGCUCUCUUACCUCCUGGACCUGUUUUAGAGAUUUGGUACUCUUUUUUUUUUUUU